AUGUCCUUCGACGAGGAGCCGGCGGUGGUGCUCCUCUGCGUGCCCGACGACGCGGUCGCGUUCGACGGCGCCGGCGCCGGCUCGCUCGCGCUCACCAACCUCUCCCGCGCGUCGUGCGUCUGCUUCCGCGUGCAGGCGACCGACACGCAGCUCGAGGCGGCGCCGUCGGACGGCGUGCUGCCUCCAGGCAAGCAGGUGCAGGUGCGGCUGCGGCUGACAGCCGCGGGCGCGCCCGAGCGCGUGAUCGUGCGCUACGCGCUGCUGCCGCAGAACUGCCGCGGCGCGCAGGUGAGCACGCACCUCGACAGCCUUCGCGAUGCGUGGGGCUCCGACGCGCGGCACUGCCAGCACCUGCUCCGCGCGACGCGCGGCGCCGCGAGCGCGGAGGCCGACACCGCCUCGUCGCUGAUUCGCACGGUGACCGGCGGCGGCGGCGCCCGCGAGCGAUUGGCGGCGGCGGAGCGGCUCGCGCUGCUCCGCUCGGUGGAGCUGCUCCGAGCGGAGGAGGAGCUGCUCAAGGCGCAGGAGCGGAUCUCAGCGCUGGAGGAGGGCGGCGGCGGAGACGGAGGAGGCGGCGGAGGCGACGGCGAUGGCGACGGCGACGGCGGUGGUGGCGGCGGUGGUGCCGCCUCCAAGGCCCCUCGAGAGGCACAGCCCCAGCGCAAGUCGUCCGGCCCGAGCGGGCGCGUCGUUCGCUCCACGGGCUCGGUGCUGGCGCUCGUGGCCUCGCACCUGGUUGUUGGCGCCGCGGCAGCCCUGGCCGGCGCGCUCUAUGCGGAUGCGAUUAUUGGGGUGUAG